CCAAAAAAGGAGGAGGAGGAGGAGAAAGGGGGGAGGUCUGCAGGGACAAAGAGAAGCUGGCCAGGUGUAUUGAGUCUCAGUCAUGACCACAGCUCCAUGCCGGUAGCUACGAGCAGGGAGCAGACUGAGUGAGGAGCCGUCAAGGGACAAAGGAUGGUGAGGUGUUGGAAACAUUCAGAAGACUGUUUGGAGGAAGCACAGUGCACAGAUGGGGGCUCUGCUGCGUCCUCCCAGUCCCACUUCCCACACAAGGCAUUCUGGGUCAGCCUCUCAGCCUCUCUGCUCCUGGUCGUCAUUGUCCUCGCUUCGACGGGGCACCUGGGGCUGUCGCAGCCUCAUGCCGAGUCUUUACAGAUAGUCAGAAUCACAGUUCCAGAUCAGACCGGAGUUCUGAUCAACCAGUCAGCUGUUGUGGACCAGCAGAACGACCUGGUGACCUUUUCUGUGACCUCACCUGGAAAUCAGACGUCCACUGUGCUCUUUGAUAUCAAACAUGGUUUGAUAUGCUACAAACCUGUGGAGCAGGAGAGCUGCUUCCUGAGAAAGAUGGAGCAGUCUGACUAUGACAACGUGCACUCUCUCCUCCACGAGUCAACAAACAAGAGUCACUUCCAGCUGUUUGGGAACGAGACCCAGAGGCAGACGGAGUUCCUGGGAGUGCUGGCAGCCAGUCAGGUGGACGUGUCCUCGCUGGAGGAGCCUCUGCAGGCUCUGUGUCAGGACAGCUCCGUCCACUGGACCAGGAGGGUCCAGGGCCCGGGGAAACAGAGGCUGGUCUACUUCUGCAUCGACAUCUGCUUUCCCAGCAACAUCUGUGUGUCCGUGUGCUUCUACUACCUGCCAGAGUGACUGUGUAUUCUCCCUUUUCUCCUCCCAGCAAAAGAUCAGGGAAACAAAGUUGUCUUUUUAGCUCCCUCUACAAGAAAAAAACCCUGAACAAAAGCCAGCUUUGACUGUUUCCUUUGUGCCAUACAGCCGCCAGUAAACCAGCGAAGCAGCCAACCCUCCCAGUGCAUUUCCAUCCUUCCGAGAGAGAAGAGAUGGAGACAGGCUGUCAUGGUUAUCGCCAAAGCCCCAUCGUCACUCUCUUCAUGUGUAAUACCCUCUCUGGUGGGACACUUCGGAGAUUACAGUAGAAAGAACCCUCUUUUUUUUGUAUGCGCCUCUAAUUGUAUUUCCUGUAACCCACUGCUGCAGUAU